CUUUAUCUGGGGCAAUAUGCGAUAUUUUGCCCUAUAAAGCUAUGGGUCAUGGCAUCAUCAGCUAGUGUCACUUGGUCACCGAUGGAGACCACUAAAUUCAUCCUGCUGAUACUGGCUGCUACAGCCCAGUACUCAGCAAAUGCCCAGUAUUAUGCAGCAUCACCUUAUGCUUCACCAUUAGGACUGCCCCCAGCGGCGGGCUACUUGCCCGCACCGGCCGCUCCAGGUUACCUUCCCGCCCCGCCAGCCCCUUACCUACCACCUGCUUUACCGCCCGCUUUACCGCCUGCUUUACCCCCUGCGUAUUUACCAGCUCCUGCCCCCGUACCAUCUGGAUACCCUCCAGCGAUUACCAUACCGAUGCCUCCACUACCUCCUCUUUAUGUAAAUUUACCACCACCAGCUCCCAUGUACGUCACGCCUCCACCUUCAGCUCCACUACUCGUUGAGCUUCCAGCUCCUCCGCCAGUAACCGUCAUGACUCCGCCGACACCUCCGAUGCUCGUUUCCCCUCCGCCGCUGCCCCCUGUGACUGUCAACCCGCCGCCUUUUCCUCCACUCUGCGUUAAUCCACCACCGUCUCCCCCUGUGUACGUAACACCCCCGCCUCUACCGCCAAUGUUCGUGAACGCGCCUGCUCUUCCUCCAAUACUGGUGGAUAUUCCUCUACCUCCGCCGAUAGUAAUUGAGUUGCCGCCGCCUCCUCCUAUCGUGGUUCAGCCUCCUCCGUUAGGGCAAGUGAUGGUGCAGCCACCGCCACUGCCCCCGAUUCCUGUGGAGUUCCCGCCGCUGCCUCCUAUGCUCGUGCAGCCUCCACCUUCGCCGCCGCUUUGCGUGCAACCUCCGCCAUUGCCACCUAUAAGCGUCCAACCUCCACCACCGCCGCCACUGACUAUCCCAGGGUCUCCUCCCAUGCCGGUCACCAUCCAGCCCCCGGCACCAGAGCCCCUAUACCUGGAAAUUCCUCCAUCACCUCCCGUGCUGGUCCAACCUCCUCCUCUGCCCCCAUUCUGCGUGCAGCCUCCCCCGCCGCCCCCCAUGUGCCUGCAGCCGCCCGCCCCGCCCCCCAUCUGCUGCAACCACGCCGCUCCAAGUCCAUACGAUCCGUACGGUUUUCCGUUAGGACUGGGUUCACUAUUCCUGUAAACUUAAUAUUUUUGUUAUGUUAAUCUAAACAAAUGUUAUUAUUUUAAAUUUGUAUUAUUUAUCCAUAAUUUAAUAUGAAAAAUAAAAAGUUGUA